GCUCCUGCCUGCCACACAGUUUCCAUAUCUCUGCGAUGUUCAAACAGGUGACACAUGCACUCGAUUCCACAAUCUCCUGGCGGUAGAUACCAUCUGGGCAAUAACAAAGAAUCUCUGGUAAACAGCCUUGAUGGCGGCAAUUAACAACUGGAUUUGUGAUAAGCCGUCAGAAGCAAUUCAGUUCGGUGCUGGAUUAAUUAUUUACCCGACUUUCGGGCCAAAAUCAAUUAUCUGAGUGAUGGAGGGAGACUGGUACGAGGGAGUUGGUUCGAUGAGCUCCUAGCUUAAAGGAUUUCCGAGCCCUUCUCGGCGCUUCUCACGAAAGUUAGCUCUGGACUAGGCCCCGGACUACUCCCCCUUUCGUUCUCCCAUCAAACUUUUUAUUCGGACUGACUACCCCACAGGCAUCCAAAUUUCUCUCUUCUGAACAAAUUCCAAAUUCCAAAAUACAAUUCUCUGGUCAUGGUCAAGGUUGUGGAGGACAUCUUUGGGAUCGCGGUGAAUCCUUUCAACAAGCAGGCCCAGGUGAUUCGGCGCUAUACGAUAACGAACACCAAUCGGCUCUCGGUGUCCAUAAUCCAACUGGGCGCCACCGUUCACAGCAUCAGUGUGCCAGAUGCGUACCACCAGACGGCCGACGUGGUCCUGGGAUUCGACGAUGUGGCGGGCUACAGCAAGUACCGCGACUACAAGUUCGGCUGCUGUGUGGGCCGGGUCUGCGACGUGGUCAACAACGGGGAGUUCAUCAUGGACGAGCGGCGGGUGAUUGUCUCGAAGAACCUGGACGAGAAGCACCAAAUCGAUGGCGGCUACGUGGGCUUCGACAAGGUCAUCUGGGACCUGCACAUGAAGCGGCCCGACGGGGUGACACUGCGGCAUGUGUCGAUGGAUGGCCACGAGGGCUUUCCGGGCAACCUGGCCGUCAUGAUUCACUUCACCAUCGACGACGACAACAGGUUCUUCAUCCGCAUCGAGGCCACCACCGACCAGACCACGGCGGUGAACAUCUCCAACCACAUCUACUUCAACCUGGCGGGCCAGAACACGGGGCUCGAUGGGAUCUUCGGCCACCGGAUAACCAUUGAAUCGGACGAAACGAUGGAGACCCUGGAGGGGCAGAUCCUAACCACGGGCCAGUUCAAGGACGUGACCGACUCCGUCUACGACAUCCGGCUGCCCGUCUUCAUGGGGGACAGAGUGCGGCAGUUCGAGAAGAGCUUCAUUCCCGGCUACGACGUGUGCUACGCCAUCGACAAGGAGUUCGAUGCGAAUAUAACGCGGUAUGUCGGCCGGUUCCUUCAUCCCGAGUCCGGCCGGUUCAUGGAGAUCUUCAGCAACCAGCCCAGCAUACGCUUCGCCACGGCCAACAACUUUCCGCAGGAGCUGCACGGCGAGGAGCCGAUCCUGGGGAAGCGGUGCACUCGCUACUGGCAGCACGCCGGCUUCAGCCUGCAGCCGCAGAACUAUCCGGAUGCCGUGAACCAGCCGGACUUUCCGCGCAUCUUCAUCAACCCGGGGGAGAACUACUUCCACGAGACCAUCUACCACUUUGGCGUGCAGGAGUCGUGGAAGUGCUGCGCCGAUCCCGACGAACUGGAGCAGAUGGGCGAGGAGUCCAUCAAGACCUGAGUGCCAUCCUGUUUACUGCCGGUUGGCUGUGCUGUUCCCCGUUUCGGUAUGUAAUUAGUGAAUAAAGUAUAGCGAAAACAGGGAA